CUCCACAGUUUCCAAUCAUUACAUUUCCACCAUCUCUCUCUCUCUCUCUCUCACGCGGCAAGACAGAACAGAAGCACAAUGCACGACGUCGUAGUCCCGGAAGUGGUGCUGAGCUCGGGCGCGAGAAUGCCUCUCAUCAGCAUGGGCUGCGCAGCGAGCCCUCGGCCGCCGACGGACGUCUUGACUUCCAUACUCCUGGAGGCCAUCGAAGUCGGGUACCGCCACUUCGACACCGCGUCGCUGUACGGCACCGAGGAGGCGGUCGGCCGAGCCGUGGCCGAGGCCCUGGAGCGGGGUCUCGUCGAGAGCCGCGACCAGAUCUUCAUCACCACCAAGCUCUGGUGCACCGACGCCCAUCCCGAUCUCGUUCUUCCCGCCCUGAAGAAGUCUCUCCAGAGGCUAGGGUUAGAGUAUGUGGAUCUGUAUCUGAUACACUGGCCAGUGAGACUGAAGGAAGGAACAGAAGGGUUCGAUUUCAAGGGCAAAAUAUUGCCCUUUGACGCGAAAGGGACAUGGGAAGCCAUGGAAGAGUGCUCCAAGCUGGGCUUAGCCAAAUCCAUUGGAGUCAGCAACUUUGGCACCAAGAAGCUCUCUCAACUCCUCUCGCACGCCACCAUCCCUCCUGCUGUUAAUCAGGUGGAGAUGAACGCGGCAUGGCGACAAGAGAAGCUAAGAGGAUAUUGCAGAGAGAAGGGAAUACAGGUGAGCGCAUGGUCUCCUUUGGGAGCCAACGGAGCAGCUUGGGGUUCAUUAGCGGUUGUGGAUAGUCCCGUGCUCAAGGAGAUUGCCAUUGCCAAAGGAAAGUCUGUGGCUCAGGUUGCACUGAGAUGGGUAUAUGAGCAAGGGGCGUGCGUGAUCGCGAAGAGCUUCAACAAGGAGAGGAUGAAGGAGAACCUGCAAAUCUUAGAAUGGGGACUUAGCCAGGAGGAUUCAGACAAGAUCAAGCUUCAGAUUCCGCAGAGAAGAGGAUGUCCUAGUGACAUGUUCAUUUCUGAGGAGGGGCCUUACAAAUCAUUGGAUGAGCUCUGGGAUGGUGAUGCUUGAGUACCUACAUCUUUUAUAAUUGAUAUGAUCGAGUGUAACUCUCUGAGGAUCUAUUAUCGAUGAUGAUCAAUCCAUAUGAAUCGAAUCUCGUGUUUUCAUAA